CCCAACCAAAAGAAAGAAAAAGGGAACCCGUCACCUACCUACUCCUCUUCUUCUCCAACGACCCCGAAAAAUGUUAAAUUCCCUCACCAACCUCCAUUUCCACUUGACAGCCAAAUUCAGACACAAAAGACAGAGCCUCCAAAAACGACGUCGUUAAUGGCCUCCUCCACCGCCAUUAACCACCCUCUCUACGCCUCUCUCUCCCCCAAACUCUCUCUAUCUAACUCCUCCGACCGUCUCCAACCCCCCGCCGCCGUCUCUCUCCGCUCUUCUUCCUCCGUCUCCCCGAGUUAUGUUGAGUUGACUUGGACGGCGAACUCGGGUUUGACCGCCGCCGUCGCCCGUGCUAGGGUUGCUACUAGGUCCAGAAUAUGCGCGAGCUCGGCGGCGCAGGUCAUGGAUACCGAAACCGGUGUAUCGGGAGCUCCUACUCCCACCAUUGUCGAGGUCGAUUUGGGCGAUCGGAGCUAUCCGAUUUACAUCGGAUCCGGACUUCUCGACCAGCCCGAGCUUCUUCAGAGGCAUGUUCAUGGGAAGAGGGUACUUAUUGUUACCAACACCACCGUGGCGCCAUUGUACUUGGAUAAAGUAGUUGAGGCUUUAACAAAAGGGAACCCGAAUGUUUUGGUUGAUAGUGUGAUUUUACCGGAUGGUGAAAAGUACAAGAACAUGGAAACUCUUAUGAAAGUAUUUGACAAAGCUAUUGAGUCACGAUUGGACCGAAGGUGUACUUUUGUUGCUCUUGGAGGUGGUGUCAUUGGUGAUAUGUGUGGCUUUGCUGCUGCUGCUUUCCUUCGGGGUGUUAAUUUCAUUCAGAUUCCAACAACUGUGAUGGCACAGGUUGAUUCUUCUGUUGGGGGAAAAACUGGGAUAAACCACCCGCUUGGGAAGAACUUGAUUGGUGCGUUUUACCAACCUCAAUGUGUACUUAUAGACACAGGCACAUUAAACACAUUGCCGGACAGGGAGUUGGCAUCAGGUCUUGCAGAGGUCGUUAAGUAUGGGUUGAUUAGGGAUGCAGAGUUUUUUGAGUGGCAGGAGAAGAACAUGAAGGCAUUGAUGGCUAGGGAUCCAAGUGCAUUAGCUUAUGCAAUUAAGCGCUCAUGUGAAAACAAGGCUGAGGUUGUGUCCUUGGAUGAAAAGGAAAGUGGAUUGAGGGCAACAUUAAAUCUGGGUCAUACGUUCGGCCAUGCGAUAGAAACUGGGUUUGGCUAUGGGCAGUGGCUUCAUGGAGAGGCUGUUGCAGCCGGCACGGUUAUGGCUGUUGACAUGUCCUACCGCCUUGGAUGGAUUGAUGAUUCAAUUGUAAAUCGAGUCCGUAGCAUUCUAGAACAAGCAAACUUACCUACUGCGCCUCCUGAUACUAUGACUGUGGAGAUGUUCAAGUCUGUAAUGGCGGUUGACAAGAAGGUAGCUGAUGGACUUCUAAGGCUCAUCCUUCUGAAAGGCCCUCUAGGGAACUGUGUUUUCACGGGCGAUUAUGAUAGAAAAGCCCUGGAUGAAACGCUCCGCUCAUUUUGCAAGUCCUGAUUGGAAAACACGGUGCGACGAAUUCUAAAUUAUGUGGCAAGUUCUGUACCAAUAUUUUUGUAAUUUAAAUUUCUGCAUACCCUCAAGUCUUUCUCUUGGUUUUCCCAUAUUUAUUUGUGUUGGUAAAAAGGCAAGCGCCUUUACCCAAGUUGUAAUUCUAGAAGCUGUGGCAUGAUCGAUAAAUCCUUGUUUAGCCAUUCAUAUCCUUUACCAAGAUGCAAUUCUACUCUGGCAUGAUCAAUAAAUCCUUAUAUAGACAAC